GGCCUCCUUUUGGCUGGCAGUGCCAGCCCGGUAGCCAACCCCCAAAAGUCGCGGCGUGCAUGCUGCUGCAUCGGAAAAAAAUGGCUGGGAAACGUACCGGUAGUCUAACCAAAUAGUGGGGACAGUGGCUAUGUCGGACUUUGGCACAGUGGCUUACAAUGAUUUAAUCUACAUAGUCGGAGGUGUUUCUGGAAAUGGAACCGUGUUUAACACGCUCUGGCUCUUCGAUCCGCUCUUGCAUAACCUCACUGAACUUAAACCGAUGAGCAAACCACGCUACCGGUUUGGAAUUGCACUUGUUGGAAGUAAAAUAUAUGUUGCGGGUGGGAAGCUUUCGGAUCCCACACCACCAUUGAAUAGUCUUUCCAUCUACGACAUUCCGACAAACACAUGGAGUGAAGGGCCGAGCGCAAGUGUAAAUCGGAGUGAUCCCUGUGCUACUUCUUUGGAUGGCAAGGUGUAUUUACUGGGGGGCUAUGAUGGGGAGUACAAUCCUCUUGGAACAGUUGAGGAAUUCGAUCCUGCGACCAAUAAAUGGCAAACCUUGGCAGAUCUCCCCACGCCAAGGGGAGACUUAAUGUGUGCUGCUCUUAAUUCGACAGGCUUGGUGUAAUUGGUUUGAGCCUUUGAGGGGCUUUUUUUUUUUUUUUUGGAGGGUUUUUAGAUUAGGCAUUCCUAGAAAUGUUUAAGUCUUUACUCUUAGGGUACUCGCAAUAGGGAAUAUCUGAGUGGUUCGAAAUCUGCAAAGUAGAUUAUCAGUAGCAGUAGGUGCAUGCCACCUGGCAGGGAUAUUUGUUAAGAAGUUAUGAACAGUAUCAGCAGAUAAGGAAGGAUGCAGGUUAUCCUCGCCAUUCUGCAGGCCCAAGAAAAAAUCUCAGACAGAAGAAAAAAAAAAACAGACAAUUGCAAGGCUUGGUGUAAACCAUGCAACCCCCUUCGCCUUGUGUGCAAAACCACACCAUACUGCUCUUGCCUCAGAGAGCGGAAAAGUGCCCACAUCGAACUAGAUUCAGCUGAUUCAGCAUACGAAGACUCGCAGUCUUGUGAUGCUUUCUCAGUCCUUUCGUCCAUUCUUCUCUUCCUCCAUUUAAUUCUCUCUAUAACAGGGGGGACUAUACUGUAUUUUAUGCAGCCAUAUGAAGAGGCAUUGUAGACUAAUUACUAAUUAGUACUAAUUACUGAUUACUAAUUUUAGUGAUUUCCUGAUGCAGAUUGAAUUUCGCACUGGGUUGGCAAGAUCCAUGGAUAAGAUUUAUAUUAAUUUGAUUUCUUCCACUGCCUGCCUCGGUGGCUGCGGCUGCCACAAAGGCCCACGAUUUAUAUUACUUUGAUUUUUUGGGGGGGUUGAUAAUGAACAAGCUCGACAUAC